GAGGAGGGGAGAGGAGGAGCCAGACUCGGGUCGCUCCUCCCACCACUUCCUUGGCAGUAAUGAGCAAGACAAGGCCAGCGCGGGUUGUCUAGUGUUGGCUGAGACGGGCCCUUGUGCGUAUGUGUCUGCCUCAACUCUACACGCAGCCAUGAGCGCGCCUCGUCCCUCAGCCACGGUACUGAAUCGCCACCCCCAUCGCCCCGCCGCCGUCGUCACCACCAGCAGCGUCAGCAAUGGAGGCCCGAAGUGUGGCUAAGGUGCAAGAACAAUAAGAAUAAAGGAACUGACCAAGUGUGAUUAUUAUUUUUUUUUUCAAGCAUGUGGCGACUUCUUCACUCACCACCGCGUGUGUGUCACCAUGGAAACUUGCGGCUCAGUUCAAAUCUGCGACUUUCUUCGUGAAACGCUCUGAGAAAAAAAGAGAAAGUUGAGGAAAAUUCGAGUUAAGUGUCUUUUUUUUGUGUUUUUUCCCUUCACGUUAAGGAGUGCGGCGUGUUAAUGAGACUCAGCACUGUGGUGGAAGUGCAGGCGUGGACUUGGUGAGUACUGUGUGGGGUGUUACGGGGCCUGAAGGAUGUGACGGCCCAACGAUGCCACGCCGCCUUCUUCCCGUUCUUCAGGAAACAAAACAUGAGGAGAUUAUUCUUGAUUCUGGCCAUCAAUGUUAUCACGGCUUGCUCCAUAAACUGGCUAUCGCUGCACCGCGGGGGACACGAGAGGUGGGGCCACUCAAGAAGCUGUAGGAACGCUCGUCGGGUUUACGGGUUCACGAGGGGCCAGACGCGCACCUGUCGGGGUCAGGUAGAGGUGAUGCCACACGUCGCCCACGCCGCCGCCACAACUGUCAACGUCUGCCAAAGGAUAUUCCACACCCGCCGCUGGAACUGCUCCUCUCUCCUCAACGCCCCCGCACUCACGCCAGACCUAACUGAAGGCACGAGGGAGCAGGCGGUUGUGCACGCUCUCAGCUCUGCCGCAGUGACGUGGGCGGUGGCUCGGGCGUGUUCUCUGGGGACGCUGGUGCUGUGCGGGUGUGGACGCGUGCCCCAGGAACCCCCGAACGGCCAUUUCAAGUGGGGCGGCUGCGGGGACAACGUGAGGUUCGGUGCAGCCUUCGCCAAGCACUUCAUAGACGCUAAGGACGGCGUGAGGAGGAAGAUGUCCCGGGAACGAGAACGCCGGGCAACCAGAAGACACAGACGAAGACAAGAGGAGGAAGACGAGGACGAGGAGGAAGAGGAAGAAGAGGAGGAGGAUGAGGAGACAACUGAUGAAGGAUAUGAAGACGAACAAGAAGAGGGAGAGGGAUGGAGUAAUAGCCCACGUCAUAACAGGGAAGUCGAGCCUUUCUCCUUUCGCUCAACGACGGAGAGAAACGUGCAACACAAAAACACGAGAAGAAAAUCAAGAAGCAGACGCAGGGAGGAUGAGCAGAGAGCCAAGGCACCGAGGAGGAGGACGAGGGUGGGCAGCAGCAGGAGGAGGAGGAAGAAGGGACGGAGGAGAAAAAAGAAAGGAAGGAGGAGGCAACAGGAUCCCGCCGUCACGAUUAUGAAUCAACAUAACAAUAGAGUUGGAAGAAGGGUAGUGAAGUCGUCUCUCUCCACCCAGUGCAAGUGUCACGGCGUCUCAGGCUCCUGCAACAUAAAGACUUGCUGGAAGGCGCUGCCGAGCUUCACACAGGCGGGGGAGCGGCUGUACCGACGAUACUUAUCAGGCGUGGAGGUGCGCGCCGUGUCUGCGGGACCGAGACUCCGCCUCCUGCCCGCCAGCCCCGCCGUGUCCCGCUUCUCCCGCGAUGAUCUGAUCUACGUAAAGAAAUCGCCGGACUACUGCCAUCCGGAACCUCGUGUUGGCUCUGUUGGCACCAGAGGAAGACGUUGCAAUGCCAGUUCAGAGGGUGUGGAUGGGUGUGGAGUGAUGUGCUGCGGUCGGGGCUUCACCUCCCACACCCAUCGCACACACCACCGCUGUCACUGCAAAUAUCACUGGUGCUGUUACGUCACCUGCGAGACCUGUGCAGUGUGGCAUGAUGUCCACACCUGUAACUGACCUCACCACACCUUACCCUCAAUCUCUCAAAUUCAAACCAAAUUUUCCUUAAUCAUCACUGCUGUCUCCUCACCUCUCCUUGCCCCAUUCCUCUCAUUCCCUCUCCCUCUCACUGCUCUUACUGUGUGUUAUUUAUCAGCAGGGACUUCACACCCACUCACUUCCUGAUUAGUCAAAACUAUGUCUUUUGAAUGUAUAAUUAAUCAAUCCAUUUGUUGUAUUAUACUGUACAAAUAAAGUUUCUAUAUAGAGUUAUAA